UAUUUUAUAAUUUUCCCUACAAUUACUUGCUACUUUUUAGUUUUUACUGCAUUCACUUAUUGGCGUCGAAGCAGAAAAGUUGGCUCCUUUAUCUCAGCUUCUCUGCGAGCUCCGGCGAAGUCUGGAUCCCAAAUCUAGCAGUUUUUCGCGAUUUGAAGGAAUAAAAGCGAUCGUUUUGAGGAUCAAAGCAUGUCUGCACUCUUCAAUUUUCAUUCGUUUCUUACGGUUGUGCUAUUGGGAAUUUGUACUUGCACUUUUGUGAAGAUGCACUUUCCGGCAAUCCUAGAACAGAGAACGGGGUUUCGUGGGUUUUUCUGGAAAGCUGCCAGAAUAGGUGAGCGUUUGAGUCCCUGGGUGGCUGCAGGAUGCCUCACAAUGGGCAUGUCAAUAAUAUUUUUCUAAGAAGAAGCAUCUUAUCUGUGUAUUUGGAAACACCGUUGAAUUGAUAUAGAGCACUGCCAGUGUAGCAGCAUUAUGCUACAGCAACAUCGUAUAUUGUCUGAACUCUGAUGGUUACGCUCCUCUUUUUCUCGUCGCAAGAGCCAAAAGAGGGUAUCCUCGUUUUUAUCGAAGGAACUGUCUUGUUUGGAAAUAGAGUGAGCCUGUAUAUUGAGGUGACAAUUUAGAGUCCUAUGCAUUUGAUCUUGAAGUGAUCAUCAUGUGGAAUGAAACUUAAGAAUAUAUAAGAUCCAUUUUUAUCUUGAAACCUAUUUACAGUAGGGAACAUUAUAUGUACGCAUCUUAAUCCUAGGUUCUAACUGAGGUGCAUAUGCGUACAUUCAGUCCUUGUUUUGAAAUUAUUGCAUGGGAUGAAAAUUUAUAUUA